AUGCGCCAUCAUCGGGCAACCACUAUACAGGAUUAUUGGAUCGACUUCAGAACAGUCCCAAAUUUCCUAUUACCUGCCUGCAGGCACCAUCACUAUUUUAGCACGUGUUUGCAACCAGCUCAAUGCUUGUAUGGACUAUACGAUAAAAUCAUCUAUAUCUGUCAGCAAUUACAAAAGCAGCAGACGAUUGCAGUCAGAUGCUUUAAGAACUUCUUAUUCAACGCUGACUCUUGAUCCAGACAACAUAUCAUAAACCAUUACUUUGUUCUGCAGCAGCACUUCAAUUGACAGUUCACUGUUCGCCACAAUUUGGAGUGAUCUGAAAUCCUAUGUCUCUAG